CAGGAACGCUGGGUGCGAGCUCUGCGAGCCUCGGUUCGAAGACGAGAGGCAUGGAGAAUAGUUAUUCCUCAGCCUUCUAUUUCGAAAUCCCAGAUUUUAACAUCUAUGAAAAUCAGCCGGUGGGGAGGGGCGUCGUGCCUGCUGCCAUCCAGGACCAGGGAACCCUGGAGAGGUCCAGGACAAUGGAGAUGCUCUUUACCAAAAGAGACAUCCCAGAGGCCCCGGAGGAGGAGGAGGAGUCUGAGGGUCCCUCCAGGGAGCAGGACCUGAAGGAGACCUACAUCCAGCUGGUCCAAGGAGUGCAGGAGUGGCAGGAUGGCUGUGUGUACCGAGGGGACUUCGGGCUGGACAUGAAGCUGGGGCAUGGUGAAUUCUCUUGGCCCACGGGCGAGACUUACCGUGGGCAGUGUUAUCGCGACCACCGCCAUGGGCUGGGCACCUACCUGUGGCCCGACGGCUCCAGUUUCACCGGCAUGUUUUACCUGAGCUACCGAGAAGGCUACGGCACCAUGUUCCAGAAGACCAGGCUCUUCCAGGGGCUGUACAAAGCAGACCAGCGGUUCGGGCCGGGCAUUGAGACCUACCCCGACGGCAGCCAGGACAUCGGGCUAUGGUUUCGGGGACAGCUCAUCAAGCUCUGCACGGAGGUCCCCGGCAGCUUCUCCAUACACAACUACCCCGAGUACUCGGGCUUCCUCACGCACGCUCCUGCUAGAAUCAGCCUCUCAGGCGAGGAGAAGACGGAGUGGGGCCUGCUUGAGGAGCAUGACCCCUUUUUCUAUGACUAUAAGCGAUUUCUUCUGAAUGAUGACCUAACCCUGCCUCCAGAAAUGUACAUCUACUCGACCGACAACAGCCACCUGCCCAUGACCGCCUCUUUCCGCAAAGAAUUAGAUGCCCAGAUCUUCCUUAAUGAUAUCCCUCCGUUUGUUGAGGAUGGAGAGCCAUGGUUUAUAAAAAAUGAGACCCCCUUGAUGGUCAAAAUCCAGAAGCAAGCUUACAAGUACAGGAACAAGAAGGCUCACACCAGCUGGAACAUGGGUGCCAUCUUGGAGGGGGACCGGAGAAGCUUUGCACGUCGUGGGCCCAGGGAGAGGCUUGCCGAGGGCAUGAUCCUUAGGGCCAGGGAAGGGAACUAUGACUGGAUCUACGGGAUCCUCAGGGAUGGCCUUGCCAGCGCCGACGUGGCCGAUGCCAAGGGCUACACCGUCCUCGCCGCGGCCGCUGUUCACUGUCACAACAACAUCGUCAACCUUCUGCUGGACAAUGGGGCCGACGUGAACAAGUACACAGACGAGGGCCUCACGGCACUCAGCAUGUGCUUCCUUCUAUACUACCCAUCCCAGUGCUUCAAGCCCAACAUUGCUGAGAGGACAGAGCCCAAGCCCCAGGAAGCCUCAAAUAUGCCAGGAACUCCCAACCAUGUCUUCUCAUUCCCCGAAGUGGCCAAGGAAUUUGUGUAUUUAGAGGAAUUGGUGCCCAGCCUGGGCAGCCAGGAGCAGAAGUCCACUGUGUCGGGCAGCGAGGAGGACCGCCUGUCUGCGGGCACCCAGCUGUCUCAGGAAUCCCCUGAGCUGGGGAGCAACCCUCAGAAGUGGGACCUUCUGUCACCGCGGGACAGCAUCAGUGACCUAGAGAAAGAGGUAGAUGGUGUGGUCAGGAGUCUGGACGGGCACACACUGGGCAGCCAGGAGACGACCUUCGAGUCCAGCAUCUGUGUGCACAACUACUCCAUCACGCUGUCCCAGGACCUCCUGCAGAAGAGUGCCCGGGCCCACAGCAUGCUGAAGACCUCCUCCUUCAGUGCCCCUGGCGCCACAAAUGGUACCAUGAGGAAGAUGGCACAGGCCAUGACCGAACACAGGAACAGGUGGCAGACCAUCAAGCUUCUGCUGCACCGGGGCGCGGACCCCAACCUGUGCCGCGUGCCCAUGCAGGCCCUGUUCUUUGCCGUCAAGGCCGGGGACGUGGCCGGGGUGAAGCUGCUGCUGGAGAACAGGGCCAGGACGGACAUCCAGCUCCCUAUUGAGCUGAGGGCCCUCACCCCCCUGCACAUCGCAGCUGCCCUUCCCGGGGAGGAGGGUGUCAAGAUAACGGAGCUGCUGCUCCAUGCUGUCACGGAUGUGGACGCCAUGGCUGCCGACCAGGACGACACGUACAAGACCGGCAAGCUAGACCUGUUGCCUUCAAGCCUGAAGCUCAGCAACGAACCAGGCCCGGCCAGCAUCUACCACAGCAAGCCCAUGGCCCCACCGGUUGAGGGGGGCAGGACGGCUCUGCACGUGGCCUGUGAGCGGGAGGACAACGACAAGUGUGCCAGAGACAUAGUCCGGCUCCUCCUCUCCCACAAGGCGAACCCCAACAUGCUGUGGAGUGGCCACUCCCCACUCUCCCUGUCCAUUGCCAGCGGAAAUGACCUGAUUGUGAAGGAGCUUCUGUCCCACGGAGCUGACCCCAACCUGCUGCUGACCAAAGGCUUAGGCAGCGCCCUGUGUGUUGCCUGUGACCUCACCUAUGAGCACCAGAGGAGCAUGGAUAGCAAGCUGGCCCUGAUUGAUCGGCUCAUUCAUCAUGGGGCUGACAUCCUGAACCCCGUGACGCUCAUGCAGGGGGACAGGGUGGCUGUGGGCACGGCUGUCGACUAUGGGUAUUUCAAAUUCUACCAGGACCGGAAGAUCGCCCACUGCCCCUUCCACAUGCUAAUGCCAGCCGAGCGGGAGCUGUUCCUGGCCCGCAAGAGGCUCCUGGAAUAUAUGGGCUUCCAGCUGCGCCGCGCUGUCUUUGCCAAGGAGAGUCAGUGGGAUCCGAAGCUGCUGACCCUGAGCAAGAAAGUGGAGCUGACCCCCUACCAGAGGCUGAAGCGGAAAAGCACCAGCCCAUCCAAGUCGCUGCGUGCCGAGGAGCAGGAGAUGAUUCCCUUCUUCAAGUUCUGCUCCCAGUGUGGCCGCUCCGUGGGUGUGCGCCUGGUUCCCUGCACCCGCUGCUACGGGAUCCUGACCUGCAGCAAGUCCUGCAAGACCAGGGCAUGGGGCGACUUCCACAAGCGGGACUGCUGCUCCCUGUCGGUCAUUGGGAAAACAGAAUCAGCUGUGUUCACAAAGAACUUCCAGAAGUCCUCAAAACACCUGGGCAAGAAGGCGAGCCAGAAGCCUGAGCCCCCAAAGCCACCAGGCCGGCCGAAAAACUACUCCACAUACAACCAGGAAUGAGUGUCUGGUGAUCCACGUGUUCCGUGGACUCUGGAGGCUGUGUCCCAGCCCGCCCAGGGAGGGAGGCCGUCCCCCCACCCCCACCCGCUGGGAGGAGUUGGACCACCCUGCCAUCCCCUGGCUUUAGGGUGGGCAGGCUGGUGAGCCCCUGGUCA